GUAUAUAAAUGUAUAAAUAUUUUUCCUUUGCUCCAUUCUCAACCCUAAAUUCUCACUCCACCCAAAACCCUAAACUCAGAGCUUGAGGAAAUGGCUGCUGCCGCCGCCCGCCCUCUCGUCACCGUGCAGUCGCUCGAGAGCGACAUGGCAACCGACGCCAACUCCGUGCCUCUUCCUGAUGUCAUGAAGGCGGCGAUCCGCCCCGACAUCGUCACGUUCGUGCACGGCCAGAUCUCCAAAAACUCCCGCCAACCCUACGCCGUCUCCAAGCGCGCCGGCCACCAGACCUCCGCCGAGUCGUGGGGAACCGGUCGUGCCGUAUCACGUAUCCCCCGUGUGCCCGGCGGCGGAACGCACCGUGCCGGACAGGGAGCCUUCGGAAACAUGUGCCGCGGCGGGCGUAUGUUCGCGCCGACGAAGAUCUGGCGACGCUGGCACAGGAGGGUUAACGUCACGCAGAAGCGCCACGCUGUCGUCUCGGCGAUCGCCGCCUCCGCUGUUCCAUCGCUGGUGCUCGCUCGUGGGCACAAGAUUGAGGAGGUUCCUGAGUUGCCCUUGGUUGUCUCCGACGCUGCUGAGGCUGUCGAGAAAACCAGCGCGGCGCUCAAAGUUUUGAAGCAAAUCGGAGCUCAUCCAGAUGCGGAAAAGGCAAAGGAUAGCCAGGGAAUCCGUGCAGGUAAGGGAAAAAUGCGUAAUCGUAGAUACAUUUCUAGGAAGGGGCCGCUCGUUGUCUAUGGAAAUGAGGGGGCGAAGCUUGUGAAGGCCUUCAGGAACAUUCCUGGAGUUGAGGUUGCUCAUGUUUCUCGCCUUAAUCUCCUUAAGCUCGCACCGGGAGGCCACCUAGGCAGGUUUGUUAUCUGGACCAAGUCGGCAUUCGAGAAACUCGAUGAGAUUUACGGCACCUUCGACAAGGUUUCUGAGAAGAAGAAUGGAUACGUUCUGCCGAGGGCGAAGAUGGUGAAUGCCGAUCUCGCUAGGAUUAUUAACUCUGAUGAGGUGCAGUCGGUUGUGAAACCGAUCAAGAAGGAGGUGAAGAGGGCCCCAUUGAAGAAGAAUCCAUUGAAGAAUCUCAAUGUGAUGUUGAAGUUGAACCCUUACGCUAAGGCUGCUAGGAGGAUGGCGCUUUUGGCUGAGGCGCAGAGGGUUAAGGCGAAGCAGGAGAAGCUUGAUAAGAAGAGGAAGCCGAUCACUAAGGAGGAAGCUUCAGCGAUCAAGUCGGCUAGCAAAUCAUGGUACAAGACCAUGAUCUCGGAUAGUGACUACACAGAAUUUGAGAACUUCACAAAGUGGUUGGGUGCGUCUCAGUGAUUCAAAUCUUGAUUUAAGUUUGUUAUAGUCUUUAUAUUAAUCUUGAACUCUGUUACUGUUUUUUGCCUUUGAGCUAUCUUAAGACAUGGACGUGGUUGUGUGGGAUAAGAAUGACUGCAAUAUCUUUUCUAUCUCAAGUUUAGUUCUUCAUUCCCUUGUUAUGUUGGAGCACAAGUAUCUCGCUGUUAGUUGGAGAAAUUUUGGUUUAGAUAUUAUUUCAAUGUUUUUUACGUAUUUUUAUUA